CCUGACAACAUCUUUUGUCCGGUUCAGAUAAUAAUCGGCCUCUUUGUCUGGCAGGGAAUAUUUGCUCGGAUGACUUGAGUUUCUGCAGGAGCAUUGAUGAAAGGGCUACUUAAAGCAAGCUGGAUAUCUCUUAGUUUAACACAAACCUGUGGCUAUGUUGCUUUGACAACCUCUCCAAGCCUGUAAAGCGACCUCAUUUAUCAGGAUGCACCUUCUCUGUCGUGUUUCGCGGGAUUUCGACAACUGUGAGACGUUGUUUCGUAAAAUGUUUUCCUGCGUCUGAUCUUGAGAGUCACAUGUGGCUUAGUUUUUGAUUUGAUGGUUAUUUUUCCACAGCUGAGGUACAGAUACAAGACGCUAUUUGUAUUGAAUUGAAGAGGGAGACUCCACACAGCUAUUGGGACUUCAUAAGAAACAGAUAAGUUAAUGUAUUAAGACUCGCACGGCUAAACAUGGCUAACCUAACGGAGAUUACCAACUUCUCAAGUGCCAACGCCACAGAGGAACCAGACUAUUAUGAUGUAGAGUAUUACAAGGAGCCAGUCUGGGUCCAGGCCAUCUUCAUUAGCCUCUACGGAACUGUCAGCGUCCUGGGUAUCUGCGGCAACGGCAUCGUGUGCUACAUUGUCCUGGGACACCAGCGGAUGCGCACGGUUACCAACUACUUCAUCGUCAACCUGGCGAUCGGGGAUUUGCUAAUGGCGGCCAUGUGCGUUAACUUCACCGUCUACGCCACGCUGUAUACCCGCUGGCCUUUUGGAGAGGUCAUGUGCAAGUUGGUGUCCUUCUGCCAGACUAUUUCAGUCUCGGUCAGCAUCUAUACCUUAGUGGCCAUCGGUGUGGACCGGUAUUUCGCCAUUAUCCACCCCUUGCGGCCCCGUAUGGGGUCCAAGGAGACGCUCUUUGUUAUCGGCGUCAUUUGGGUCAUCUCAGUCGCCCUGGCCUUGCCUGCUGUGCUCUUCACCACAGUUGAGACUGCCGGGGAUGCUACCUUCUGCACGGACGGGUCCUGGGAGGAUUCCCUGGUCUACUCGCUCAUCUGCAUGGUUCUUCAGUACUUCUUGCCGCUGACGGUGCUGACGGCAGCCUACAUCAGGAUCGGGAAGCGAAUCUGGGGGAGGAGAACCCCAGGCGAGGUGGAGGCGGAGAGGGAUAAGAAGAUGAGUGAAUCCAAAGCACGGCUAGUGAAGAUGUUUGCUACAAUCGUGUUACUCUUUGCCCUGUGCUACUUGCCGAUCCAGAUCUACACCAUCGUCCAAGAUAGCAACCAAAAUGUCCUCUUCUUCUAUUACAUCAAGAUUAUAUAUCUAUGUGCCCUGCUAGCUGCCAUGAGCAAUUGCGUCUACAACCCUUUCAUCUACUGCUGGAUGAACAUCAAGUUCCGGAACGGCUUUCGGUCCGUGUUCCGUUUCCUGCCUUGCGUUACGUACCAGGGGGACUGGAACGGGUUUAAGGGUCUUCGGCGGGCCAACACGGGCCAGACCCAGAUGGAGACAUUGUCCACGGGGUCCAGGAUGGACCGCGGUCGCUGGUGGACCCACGACCAGGCUAAGCCUAACAAGAACGGCAGGGCCUCCAACUCGGACGGCGAGACGCGGACGUCUUUCAUGUGAUGAUUGCCGGUAGUAUGCAAGUGAUGAGAACGAGGUUGCUCCCACUUUUCACACACUCGUCCAGUAAAUGGAGGUCAUUAUGUCACGUGCCUGCGAACUUGGUUCUCAUUGGCACGACCAUGGCUGGUUCCCGGCCAUGUCAGUGAUGAGAACCAGAUUGCUCCCAUUUUUCUCAAAUUUGACCAAUGAAUGGAGGUCCUUAUGUCACGUGCCUGCGAACUUGGUUCUUAUUAGCUAGGCCAUGGCUUGUUCCCGGCCAUGUCAGUGAUAAGACUGAGAUUGCCCCACUUUCACACACUCGACCAAUGAAUUGAAGUCAUUAUGUUACGUGCCUGCGAACUUGGUUUUCAUUGGUUAGGGCAUGGCUGCUUCCCCGCUUGCUGCCAUGAUUUUUUUUUUGCCCGAUUUCAGUCACUUUAAAUGUUGACUCCUAUACGAGAAUACCACUCGUUGGCGGCAUAGACCAAUCUGAAUAAAGACACUUCCUGCCUGUCGAUCCAGCACGCUCAUUGGCCAAUUAGAUGACGACUUUGGACCAACUGACCACAGUAGCUCGGUCAAAUGUUGUCACAAGCACUUUUAGAAAUGUUGUUACAACUGGUUAUGUAGUAACAAACGGAUAACGUAUCUCCAACCGAUGACGUAACAACAACUGACCAAUACUGUAUCACUAACCGAUAAUGUAAUACAAAACUGAUCAAAAUGUACUACCUUAUCAGUCAAUUGUAGUUACAUUAUCGGUAAUGUAACAACAAAUGACUGAUAGUGCAGGAA